AUGCGUCCCGGGGCGCCAGGGCCACUCUGGCCUCUGCCCUGGGGGGCCCUGGCUUGGGCUGUGGGCUUCGUGGGCUCCAUGGGCUCGGGGGACCCCGCGCCCGGUGAGUGGGGCGGCCAGAGGGGCGGGCGGGGCGGGCCACCCACGUGGGGCUACCCGGAAUGCGGCCCGGGAGACCUCGGGGGGCGCGGCGGCGGCGGGGGCGAGGGCGGUGUCCAGCGCAAGCUGGAGCCGGGAAGCACCACCUGCACGCAUCUGUGGGCGGGUCAGAAGCUGGGUGUCAGGAGUGGCCCAGGAGAGCACCCCGUCCCCUGGCCCGCAGGUGGCGUUUGCUGGCUCCAGCAGGGCGAGGACGCCACCUGCAGCCUGGUGCUCCAGACUGAUGUCACCCGGGCCGAGUGCUGUGCCUCCGGCAACAUUGACACCGCCUGGUCCAACCUCACCCACCGGGGGAACAAGAUCAACCUCCUCGGCUUCUUGGGCCUUGUCCACUGCCUUCCCUGCAAAGAUUCGUGCGACGACGUGGAGUGCGGCCCGGGCAAGGCGUGUCUCAUGCUGGGGGGCCGCCCGCGCUGCGAGUGCGCGCCCGACUGCUCGGGGCUCCCGGCGCGGCUGCAGGUCUGCGGCUCAGACGGCGCCACCUACCGCGACGAGUGCGAGCUGCGCGCCGCGCGCUGCCGCGGCCACCCGGACCUGAGCGUCAUGUACCGGGGCCAAUGCCGCAAGUCCUGUGAGCACGUGGUGUGCCCGCGGCCACAGUCGUGCGUCGUGGACCAGACGGGCAGCGCCCACUGCGUGGUGUGUCGGGCGGCGCCCUGCCCUGUGCCCUCCAGCCCCGGCCAGGAGCUUUGCGGCAACAACAACGUCACCUACAUCUCCUCGUGCCACAUGCGCCGGGCCACCUGCUUCCUGGGCCGCUCCAUCGGCGUGCGCCACGCGGGCAGCUGCGCAGGCACCCUUGCAGACACCCCUGAGGAGCCGCCAGAUGGUGAGUCGGCAGAAGAGGAGGAGAACUUCGUGUGAGCCUGCAGGACAGGCCUGGGCCUGGUGCCCGAGGCCCCCCACCACCCCCUAUUAUUUAUUGCCACAGCAGAGUCUAAUUUAUAUCCCACGGACACUCCCUAGAGCCUGGAUUCGGACCACUUGGGGAUCCCAGAACCUCCCUGACGAUAUCCUGGAAGGACUGAGGAACUCCACACUUCCACUCCUUUGGGGAUAAACCUAUUAAUUAUUGCUACUAUAAAGAGGGCUGGGCAUUCCCUGCUGGUAAUUCCUGAAGAGGCAUGACUGCUUUUCUCAGCCCCAAGCCUCCUAGAACAGGGGCCUUGGGCUCAGGCCAGGAGGAGCAGAGGAGGUCUAGCCUGGGUGUAUACGGAGGGUCUAGCCUGGGUGUGUACGGAGGGUGUAGCCUGGGUGUGUACGGAGGGUGUAGCCUGGGUGAGUUCGGAGGGUCUAGCCUGGGUGAGUAAGGACGGUCUAGCCUGGGUGUGUACGGAGGGUCUAGUCUGAGUUCGUGUGGGGACCUCAGAACACUGUGACCUUAGCCCAGCAAGCCAGGCCCUUCAUGAAAGCCAAGAAGGCUGCCACUGUUCCCUGCCAGCCCAAGAACUCCAGCUUCCCCACUGCCUCUGUGUGCCCCUUCGUGUCCUGUGAAGGCUAUUGAGAAACGCCCAGUGUGCCCCCUGGGAAAGGGCACAGCCUGUGCUCCUGAUACGGGCUGUGCUUGGCCACAGAACCACCCAGCGCCUCCCCUGCUGCUGUCCACAUCAGUUCAUGAGGCGACAUUGUGUGGUCUCAGACGUGGAGCAGCCAGCAGCAGCUCAGAGCAGGGCACCGUGUCCGGCGGAGCCAAGUCCCCUUUGGGGGGCUCUGGCGGGGACCACGGGCCCCUGCUCACCCACUGGCCCCGAGGGGUGUGUAGACUCCAAGACUCACGCAUGUGUGACAUCUGGAGUCCUGGGGCCGGGUGUCCCAGCAGCACCCUGCUGCCUCCACAGUGGGGUUCACACCCAGGGCUCCUCGGUCCUCCACAGCCCGCCCCGGCCAGGCCUGCAGACCCAGACUCCAGCCAGACCUGCCUCACCCACCAGUGCAGCCGGGGCUGGCGACACCAGCCAGGUGCUGGUCUUGGGCCAGUCCUCCCACGACGGCUCACCCUCCCCUCCAUCAGGGUUGACGCUCAGAAUCGCCUACCUGUGCCUGCGUGUAAACCAGGGCCUCAGACCAGCUAAGGGGUGGGGACAACGUGGAGGAUAUCCAGCUUCCCGGGUCUGGGGUGGAGUGUGGGGAGCUUGGUCAUCCUCCUCCAGCCUCCUCCAGCCCCCAGGCAGUGCCUUACCUGUGGUGCCCAGAAAAGUGCCCCUGGGCUGGUGGGUCUAAGGGUGCCUCAGCCAGGCAGCCCACCCCACCCUGGGGCCCUGCCUCACCAAAGAAAUAAAGACUCAAAGAAGCCA